AUGGUCAUCGAUGCCCGAUUGCAACACCCGAUACUAUUCCCUACGUUACUGAUCGGUACCCUAGGCUCGGUAUCAUUGCUCACUGUCAUGGCAUAUAACGAAUACAGAAGAGAAAAGACAUCCACAUAUCCACCAGCUGUUGAAGAACAGUUACGGCUUGCGUUACAUUAUUGCCACGUCAAUCCCGACCCCGAGGCCUCGGCUCAGUAUUUUCUAGAGGCGAUCAAGAAGGCGGACGAAGCCGAGAUGGACCCUUUCAGUAAAGAAGCAAUAGGGAUCCGGAUUCGCUUUGCACAGAUGUUGGAAGAUUUCGGCCACGUCAAGGCGGCCAUCGAAAUUCUCGACAGCAUCACAAAAGAUCUGCAGCAAAAGCUGACCCAGGUGGACGAUCAUCUUGCCCUCAAAUCUGACCAGGCAUCUGAUGAUCUUGCCAAAGCGGAAGAACGUAAGGAAUUGGUCAAGGGCAUCAUAAAGAAUAAAGUCAAGGUAUCAUCCUUGUACGAAAGCGACUAUAUACAAGACCGGACAAUGGCAAAACAGACACUGUCUGAUGCAGUGGCUCUGGUGGUGAAGGAGACCAAGGAUCCGCAGCUCAGUGGCUUUACAGAUGACAACGGCGCAGGCCUGACGACAGGGGAAAUCGCGGCCAUGUUGUCCCAAAUGGGAGACUUGUACGCCACCACGGGCGAGGAAGCAAACGCAGUGCAGGUAUACAUGCUCACCUUGCAGCCUCUGAGGUCGUCAUGCAACGGCACCAGAUCUUGCAGAGAAGUGCAGGUUCUGAGCAAUAUAGCAUCGACGAUGGGGGUAGCCCUGAAACGGCCCAACGCCAAAGUCAAUGGAAAGCCUGCCACGCAAGACGCGUUGGCUGCGGGAAGACGAGCAGCAUUGAAAUGGGCCGACCAAGCCAUUGGUACCGCCGAAGUCGUCAAACCAGAGGACCGCGAUGAGAUAUGCGACCUGGCGCUCUUGUCGGCACAGAUGACGCGGGCAGAUUUGCUGUUGGAGAACGGUGAGAAGAAAAAGUCACGCGAGGUGUUCGAGAGUUUACUGCCGACUUUAAGAGAGAAGAAUCUCGUUCCUCUGAUCAAGGUCGCAGAGCAGGGAUUGAAGACGGCCAGUGGCUGA